UCUCUCUUAACCGGUACUCGUGGAAGCGGACCUCCAUUUUGUAAACAAAUCGCCGCGCGCUGGUUAAUUCGAAAAUAUACCCCAAAUGUCACCUAUUCAUCGUAAAUAACAUACAAUACAUAUAAAAUCUACAUACAAUACGUAAUAACGUAUAAUAUUCCUAGAUAAACUAAUGGUUCACACUUAGAAACAUACUCACUAUUCUUACCUACUAUUUGUUACUAUUCUAUCGCCUGUUACCUCAUAUAGGUCCGAUAAAUUAAGAUAAUGAACCAAGUUCGAUUUCUUUUUAUCGAACCAAGGACGUAUUAGAUUCUAAAACCUUUCGAACAACCUUACGUGUACAAUUUUAAGGCCGCCACGUCUGUAAACGAUUGUCAACAUUUCAUUUUCAUUUUUAUUUUGUAUAACUGGUUUGAACCAUUCUGAGCAAGCAAAUUUCCAUUGUCAACAAAUAAAUAUAAUAAUCACUGUAAUAAUUAUACUCCGAAAAAGUCCACGUUGUAAAAGGAUUUUACGGCCGUCAUGCGAUCUUACCUUCAGAGGAAGUACAGUAUUUACGCGGGCGAUUCCAUGAGACUGUCAGCGAUCGUGCGACCUAACCUCCAAUAUAUGAUAGUUUAACGUUUCGAAACUGUAAAUGAUUGUAAUUUUUCUAAUCCUCUCGAGACCAUGGAAAUACUAGAGGAUCCAGUCUUCAAAACGAAAUAUCAAAAAUAUAAAGUUCGUGUCAAGUUAUGGGAAAGCGACUUCACGAAAAAAUAUGGUCGCAAGCCUAAUAAGAACGAUAUCAAAGAGGCCGAUAUAAAAAUUAAAGAAUCGUACAAAAUGUAUUGGAAAUUGAAAACGCGUGCUUUGGAAGAAACGCUCAUGGAUAUUACAUUUUCUGACGAAGUACAAGACAAUGUUUCUGAUAAAACGUUAACGCAAACAGCAGUUGAAGAAAUCAAGAAUAAUGACAAAUUAUCGAUAGCAGAGAAUGUGAAAAGUACAGACAAUACAGAUAAAAAGGAUGUUGAAAGUCUAGAUGAAGACAGAAUAGAAAUUACAAAAGAAAAAAGUAUGGAAAAUAUAGGUAAGACGGAUGCAGAAAACAUAAAUCCACAUUGUUGUGAAAAUCAGCCUACCAGUAACAAUUCUACAACAGAUACAAUUGAACCCAAAAAUAUAAACGGGGUGUGGGGUGAUCACUUAAGUAAGAGCAACGAACAAGUGCCAAAAAAGAAACAAACUCUACUUAUAGGUAAAUCCUCUUCUUUUCAAUUAUCGCAAAAUAAAUUCACAAGUUCAAGUUUCACAAAAAGAAAUCCUAGAAAAUCAUUAUCUACGUCAAAGAUAAAAAAUAAAUCUGAAAAAAAUAGUAACAUUGAUACAAGCAAGAAUACGGAACAAACUAUGAAUGAAGACAAAUGUAAAAAAGACAAUCUUGAUGCUAACGAAAUAACGACGCCUAUGUUUGGUGAACCAGUAAAAGUUAAAUACGUAGAACACAAAUGUGCUACUCAGUCAAUUAGCACGGUACAGCAAUUAAUGGAAGGUCAUACUGUUAAUAGAAAUUUGAAUUCGGGCUGGCUGGAAAGGUGUGCAAGACAGAAUAAUUUGGAAUACUCGAUAUCCGAUUUACAGACGCUCUCUGGUACGAGCGAUUCUGGAGUUGAAUCUAUGGAAUCCAGUAUUCAAUCCCCUAAGGAAGAUGUGCCAAUGCUCGAGCCAACUAAAUCGGUACAAAUAUCGGAAGACGAAGAUUUUAUUUGUAAUAGCGAUUCCGAAGAAGAACGUAGACAUAAACGUAUUCGAAACAUUAAAAAAAGACUUAGCGAUCAAGAGAAUUACCCCGCAAAGAGGUUAUGUGUCGAUAACUGUACGAGUACUUCCGUUGAACUACUACGUGAAACAAGUAUCGUACAUUCCACUGGGAAUGUUGAUACAACUUCUAAAGAUAUUACCAAUAAAAAUACAAACAACGUUACAAAUUUGGUCAACGGUAACAAUAAAUGCAGCGACGAAGAAAAAUAUGUAUCGGAAACGAAAAACACGAUCGUGCGAACGAAUGAAAAUUCGGAGACAAUAUCCACCGAAAUACAACCAUCUCAUCGUAAAUCUCGUAGAAGAAUUAAACACAUUUCAUCGGACGAUUCCGAUCCAGAUUUCGAUGAAAACGAUCAAAAACAAACAAAACAGAAAGUAUCGAGGAAAACACGGCCAAGUAGUAGCAGAAAAAAUAAAACGAAGGAAACGAAUUCCAGAAAGGAGAAAAAGAAUACAGCCGGAACAAGGAGGUCCUCUAGAAACAAAAAGAACGCGUCAGUCAGCGACGAAGACUUGUUAAAGUCCGAAGAAGGGUUAAAUCCAGAAGAUACGAGAAACAAAGAGCCUGCGAUAUACGCGAUAGAAACUUUACAAACUGUUCCGCGUUUCGCCGUUAGGAAAAGUAAUCGGGGAGACCUUAUCGAGCAAUGCGCCAAAUCAGUUUCUUUAACGAACGACAAUUCAACAGUCAGCUCUGCUGUACCUACAAAACCGAAAGGGAAAUUAACGGACAAAGAGAAAUUGGAGAAAAAGGUGUCCGACGGGAAGAUAAACGAAAACUUUGUUAGAAUAAAUUUAAAAAAGAAAGUAUUUGUCCGCGGUAAAAAGAACUUUAAUUUCUCCAAGUACAAGAAGAAUCAGUGGAAACAAAAGAAGAAAGAAUUAGGGUCUGGCGACGGUAGUUUAGAGGUGGCGGACUUCGUCGAGAAACACAGUAUAUUGACCUGCUUUAAAUGCGGCGACGUCGGCCAUUUUUCGAGGAACUGUCCAAAUAGAAAGGGCGACGAUCUGAUAGCAUUGGAAGAGAUAGACGAAGGUUCGCAGUUCCCUACUUUAGAAGAAGCGCAGCAAAUGGCUAGUCAAAAUGCGGUUAUAGCACACUCUAAUAGAAUCGGUCGUUUGCCGCAGAAACCGUCGUUAGCUUUCGAGACGAAAAACGAAACAAAAGAUUCGUCGUCACCUUCUAAGGGAGAGAGUGAUGCAAAGGAUGAAAUCGUGAAUGACGAUUUAUGGGAACCCAUCGAAGAUGAAGAAUCUCUAUGCGGGCACAAAAUACCCGAGGAUUUAAUAGCAAAGUUACUACCCCCAGAGAUUGCCGCUGUACCUGCACUGUAUAAACUUAACGACGACCAAUCGUGCAUCGAUACGCCACCGGAAGUGUUUGAGACGUUACGGAAAUUCGGCCAUGAGACUUUCAGACCCGGACAAGAGAAAGCGAUAAUGAGAAUACUUUGCGGCCAAUCGACGUUGGUCACUCUGUCCACCGGUUCCGGAAAAUCUUUAUGCUACCAGUUACCGGCGUAUCUUUACUCCAAACAUUCCAAUUGCAUCACUCUGGUGAUAUCGCCGUUGGUGUCUUUGAUGGACGACCAAGUGACGGGUGUGCCGUCGUUCCUAUCCGCGGCAUGUCUGCACACGAACCAAACUCAGAAAGUGCGCGACAACGUGCUGCAAAGGUUGAAGCAAGGAAAACUGAACAUCCUGUUGGUUUCCCCGGAAGCUGUGGUCGCCGGCGACAAAUCGUCCGGCUUCGGCGGCGUAUUUAGGCAGCUUCCACCGAUCGCUUUCGCGUGCAUAGACGAGGCCCACUGCAUUUCCCAAUGGUCCCACAACUUCCGUCCUUCUUACCUCAUGGUCAGUCGUGUUCUCAGAGAAAAGUUGGGCGUGAAAACGGUGUUGGCACUGACUGCCACCGCGAGAAAGGCUACCUGCGAGAGUAUAGUGAAGCAUCUGAAUAUACACGACGGAAUGGCGGGCGUCAUCUCAGAUAUUCCGAUGCCGAGGAACUUGUUGCUGACGGUCUCUAAAGACGAGAAUAAAGAUCAAGCUCUGAUCGAAUUGUUGCUAAGCGAAAGGUUCCGGGAGUGUAAUUCGAUUAUCGUUUAUUGCACCCGUCGAGAAGAGUGCGAAAGAAUCGCUGGCCUCCUAAGAGUUUCCUUACCGGAGGACCGCAAUGUCGAUAAACCUAACAGUAAACUCUCCCCGUUGGCGGAGCCGUAUCACGCUGGUUUGUCCGCCUACCGUCGGAAAAUCGUACAGAAGGCGUUCAUGGACGGGCUAACGAAAAUUGUUGUAGCUACUGUUGCUUUCGGUAUGGGUAUCAACAAAUCGGAUAUACGAGCGGUUGUUCAUUAUAACAUGCCCGGCACGUUCGAAAGCUACGUUCAGGAAGUCGGACGAGCCGGUCGGGACGGGCUUCUGGCACACUGUCAUCUGUUCUUACAUCCUAAGGAAGACAACGAUAAGUGGGAAUUACGUCGGCAUAUUUAUGCAGACGGAGUAGACAGACAUACGAUCAGGCGUUUGCUUCAGAAAGUUUUUAUUCCGUGUUCGUGCGCGGAGUUGCGGGAGAAGAAUGCCGACUGCAGAUGUCCUGGCCAUGAAGUUGCUAUGCCAGUCGACGAAACAGUCGUAGCGUUAGAUAUUUCUGAAGAAACAAUAUCAACCCUUUUAUGCUAUCUCGAGCUACACCCUAAGCGAUUUAUCACCGUCCUUUCUUCCGUAUAUGUAAGAGCUAGAGUGUCGAGUUAUAACGGGCCUCAAGGACUGAAGCAUGCUGUACAAUCGUCACCGCCACUUGCAAUGGCGAUAGCGCUAGAUUUGCAAAAAGGUAUUUCUCAUGAAGAUAGUAACGUUAUCGAGUUUCCAAUCGUGGACAUAGCUUCCGCUAUCGGUUGGGAUAGCGGAGUGGUGAAGAGCCAUCUUAAAAGUUUAGAAUGGAAAACAGUUGACGGAGCUUCGAAGCGUUCGGCCAUUUCGGUAAGAUACGAUAAACUCGGUUUAAGAGUAAGAGCCCCUGGCGAUCUUAGGGAAGACGAGCUAGACGAAGCGCUCGAUGCUUUAUUUAGUCGUGCACAAUCCCGAGAAACCUCGGCUUUGCAGCAACUCGAGACAAUUAGCGUGACGCUUCAUAAAUUCAGCAUGCGAUCGGUGAGAGAGUGUCUAAAAAUCGACGAACAAAUUACCAACAAAUCCGACCAAUUGAAGAGCGUUAUUCGGAAUUAUUUCGAAGGAGAAGUUCUAUUAGAUAUCGAUCCGAAGCAACAGAUGAAAGUGGAAAACGAAGCCCAAGUCGCCACCGAUGUGCGAAAUUUAAUCGUAAGCUAUCGCGAGAGUAAUUUCAAUGGACGCGCGAUUGCUCGUAUCUUUCACGGUAUACAGAGCCCCAAUUAUCCCGCCUAUGUCUGGAACAAGUGCCGCUUUUGGAGGGCUCAUCUUUCGAGCAACUUCAAUGCUUUAUGCCAAAUCGCAACGAGAGAAAUUUUGGCGUUACGCUAGGAUGGUACAUUUUAAUGAUUUUCGAGGGUAAACUUUUAGCGAUAGGUUCAACGCGUUAUAGGUUAUGUUCAAUCAUAUGCAACUGGUGUAUUGACUGAGUAAUUUUAUUUUAAAAAACUUAGAAAAUGAAAGAUCGUGUAACGUUUUAUUGUUUCAAUAACGAGUGACAAAAAUUGAUACAACUCGUGAUAUGUAAAAUGUUUACUCGCGUGUGCCUUAACAGAGUAACUUAUAUGUAUAUAUAUAUAUUUUUUUUUUUUUUUACAUUUUCGCCCGUCUUUGGAGCGCAGCGAGUCCUCGAGUUGCGCGGUUGUGCUUCCGAAUGUACCAAAUGUAUCGUAGGUGUAAAAC